AAAGAAAGAAAGAAAGAAAGAAAGAAAGAAAGAAGGGAAGAGGAAGACAGAGGGAGGGGGGAAUAGAAGCAGCGGGUGAGAAAGAGAAGAGAUCUUACUCACCAUUCUUAAGGGAAGGUGUUUCCACAUGGUGGCCACUCUGCUCACCGUCUCGAAGAUGCCAGUGGCCAGAGAACCGUCUCUCUGUCUUUGGAUAUACAUUCUUUCUUUCACUUCUCUACCACAUUUAGCUCUGGGGACAGUGUCAGCAUCCUCCCCCCUCCCAGUUCUCCCAGUGCCCUCGCUGGAAGUGCUGUCCAGGUCAAAGGGCUCAUUGGUUCUCGUCUGUCGGGCCCCGGCAGGCCACCGUGGGGUCCAGUUCACCCUCUAUCGGGACAAAGACCAGGUGGACUCCAAAGAGGACCGGCACGGUACGCAGGAGGCUCGGUUCACGAUCAGGGUGGACAAAGGAGGCACAUCCCAGCAGAACUUGUACUGCUGCCUGUACAAGAGCCAGCGUGGGAUCUACAGCGCCUUCAGCCCCUAUCUGAUACUGGACAGCCAAGAAGAUGCCGCCCCUACCCCAUCAUCCUUCCCUGCUCCAGUCUUGACGGUGGAGCCCUCGAGCGGCCUUGUGAAGAGGGGCGACAUCCUAUCCUUCCACUGCUCGCUGCCCCCUCCCCUUCCCCUGUCUCAGCCCCAACGUGGCUCCAAACCAGUCUCCUUCCUUCUGCUGAAGACAGCUGGAGUGAUUGGGGCACCUUCCAUGGUCCUUCAUCCUCAGGCCAUCCAGGUGUCAAACUCCACAGACCAGCAAGGAGCCUUCAGCGUGGGGCCGGUGAGAGGAGGGGAAGGGGGUUCCUAUACUUGCCUCUACCAGAUCCCCAGAAAAAGAGCGACGGUCAAUUCAACCUUCAGUAACACGAUUCAAGUCACCAUCGCAGACUUGCUGCCUGCGCCCACCCUCAUUCCCCAGCAGCAGGCGGGGGUACUGCAUUUGGUAUGCACAGGGUCACCCGCCUACCCCGGUGCCGUGUUCUCUCUCUACAAGGCCGAUGAGAAAGUUCCUGUUGCCACUCACCAUACUCCCACAACCCACCACCAGGCCAUCUUCCCAGUGCCUGUCCAGGAGGCAUCGUUGGUUUCCUACCAAUGCCAGUACAGUGUCCUCCUCGUGAGGGAAUGGAGUAACUCUGAACGUAGUCUCCCCACGGCUAUAUCCAAAGGGGUUUCACCUCCUUUUCCACCAGGUAUGGAUUUGCCGCUGGUGAUGGGAUGUUUCUCAGCGGUGGUGCUGUUCUUCUUUGCACUGGUGCUGGUAGUAGUCAUGGCACACAGGAAAGUGAAAGCAGCUGCUGACGAAAAGAAGAAAAGGGAGGAAGCACAGUUCUGGAGCACAGCUCAUAAUAACGACCACCUCGUUGACCUGAAACUCAGACGAGCAAGUUUCACCGCUCAGGGCUGGGCCAGUGAGAAGACAACCACAGAGAGGCUCUCCAGAUCUCCUUUAUGGAGCCCUCUCUCCACAUUUGAGAGCCCAGCUUUUAACUGAAGCUUCUUUCAUUGGUGUUGUUUUGUUUGUUUCUUUUUAUUUGUAUAUUUCUGUCUGCCUGUCUGUCCUUCUCUUUUUCUCUUACUUUCUUUACUGGGCUGACCCUGCCGUGUGCAAAUGCAGCAUCACAGGAGGAAAGGAAAUAACAUGAUUGACAAAACGACAACGAAAUGACCCAAUUUCCUGUUUGAUAAUCCUUAUGAAGUUUGGGAGAGGAAAUGACGUCUUGCUCCGUGUUGCACGACUCCUGACGCAACGGAAGAAGAAGCCCCGUUCACUGUCAACACGGAGGUUCUGUUUUGCAGUAGAAUCCGUCUUUGUUGCGGUUCUGUGUCGACUCAAUAAAUUGUUUUGCA